GAUGAUGAUGAUGAUGAUGAUGAUGAUGACAUAGUGAUAGAAUGAUUUCUUCGUCUUAGAUACAAAGUCCAUGAAGGGGAUAUAGUCCUAUGAAUAAUAAAUAUUUUCUCAAUAUUCAAAUACAUUAAAACAACACCACCAUUGCUGAUAUGAUGAUAUUCUCUAUAUUUCUUAUUAGCAUCUUACAUAUUCUAUUAGUCAAAUGUCAAUUAGAUACAAAUGUUGAAGUAUCCGAUGAAACUGUUAGUGAUAAUAAUAAAUGGGCUGUAUUAGUAGCUGGAUCUAAUGGUUAUUUCAAUUAUAGACAUCAAGCAGAUGUCUGUCAUGCUUACCACGUAUUACGUUCAAAGGGUAUAAAACCUGAGCAUAUUAUCACGAUGAUGUAUGAUGAUAUCGCUUAUAAUAAGAUGAAUCCAUUUCGUGGAAAACUUUUUAAUGAUUAUAACCAUAAAGAUUGGUAUAAAGGAGUGGUGAUAGAUUAUCGCGGUAAAAAAGUCAACUCGAAAACGUUCCUGAAAGUUUUGAAAGGAGAUAAAAGCGCUGGUGGGAAAGUUUUGAAAAGUGGAAAAAAUGAUGAUGUAUUCAUAUACUUUACUGAUCAUGGUGCACCGGGUCUAAUUGCUUUCCCUGAUGAUGAAUUAUAUGCCAAACAAUUUAUGUCAACGUUGAAAUACUUACAUAGUCACAAACGUUAUUCAAAAUUGGUGAUUUAUAUUGAAGCAUGUGAAUCAGGUUCCAUGUUCCAACGAAUACUACCGUCGAAUCUAAAUAUUUACGCAACUACAGCUGCUAGUCCAACUGAAUCUAGUUAUGGUACAUUUUGUGAUGAUCCAAAAAUAUCUGCUUGUCUAGCUGAUUUAUACUCAUACGACUGGAUUGUUGACUCACAAACACAUCAUUUAACACAACGAACACUCGAUCAACAGUAUAAAGAGGUUAAACGUGAAACGAAUCUUAGUCAUGUUCAGAGAUAUGGUGAUACGAAAAUGGGUAAAUUAUACGUUAGUGAAUUUCAAGGAAGUCGAGACAAGGCAUCAACUGAGAACGAUGAACCUCCAAUGAAACCAAAGCAUUCCAUCGCUUCAAGAGAUAUUCCAUUGCAUAGUCUACAUCGUCAAAUAAUGAUGACCAAUAAUGCAGAAGAUAAAAGCUUACUAAUGCAAAUUCUUGGUUUGAAACUGAAGGUGAGGUGUUUUUCCCUGACCAUUACUUAUUUAACUUUGUUGAUGUAUCCACUCUUUUCCACUUAUUGUUACAUGACACUGAUUUUCAAUAUAUCCCAAGCUAUCACAGUUCACAGUUAUAUAAUAUUCCCUUAUCGGCCAGGGUAAUCUUGCACUGGUUUUCAGGAGAACCAGACAUCAUCCAGACUUUCACGCGGCAACGCAAACAAUACAGCUCAAUCCCGUUUAACAGGACAGCCAGACAGUGAUCAGGCUUAGCCCAAGCAGUACAGCUCAAUCACGCCCUAUAGGAGAACCAGACGCUAUAUAGGCUUCAACGCUACAAUCCGAACGGUACAGCGCAAUCCUGUGGCGCAAUCACUCAGAGAAGAGAUCUCAUUGAGGACACUAUGAAAUUGAUAGUGAAAGAAAUGAAUAAUGAAGAAAUACCAAAUACCAAGGCAACUAUCGAUCAAACAUUGGAUUGUACAGAAUCCGUCUAUGAACAGUUCAAAAGUAAAUGUUUCACACUACAACAGGCUCCAGAAGUUGGAGGGCACUUUUCUACUCUUUACAAUUAUUGUGCGGAUGGUUAUACAGCUGAAACGAUCAAUGAAGCAAUCAUAAAAAUAUGCGGUUAAAUCAAAAUUAAUUUCUCAGUGUAAUAAACUUUGUUGGUGUGGAAUUUUAAAUAAAUGAUUCUUUUCAC